GGUACGCCGUUUCCGGCGUUGAUCCGGUCUGGGCGGGGUGGGGCUGGUGGCAGUUAGGUGAGGCGUGUCAUGAGCAUCUCCGUUCCCAACGACUGUAGCUGUGUCAGUGUGUUAUGAUGCCAUCUCGUACUAACCUGGCUGCUGGAAUCCCCAGUAGUAAAGUGAAAUAUUCCAGACUCUCUAGCACAGAUGAUGGCUACAUUGACCUUCAGUUUAAGAAAAGCCCUCCUAAGAUUCCAUAUAAGGCCAUUGCACUUGCUACAGUACUGUUUUUGAUUGGCACCUUUCUCAUCAUCAUAGGCUCCCUCCUGCUGGCGGGCUAUAUCAGCAAAGGGGGGGCAGAUCGGGCCGUUCCUGUUCUGAUCAUUGGCAUCCUGGUGUUCCUGCCAGGGUUUUACCACCUGCGCAUCGCUUACUAUGCAUCCAAAGGCUACCGGGGUUACUCCUACGAUGACAUUCCAGACUUUGAUGACUAGCACCUACCUCAGCCCUGAGGAGCAGAGUCAGAUGGGACUGAGCUCAGCUUUAAGAUACUGAGCAGAAACUAUAGCUUAGGGCUAAGGAAUUCUGCAGGUUGCAGAUACUUAACAAAACAAUGGCCAUGUUUUAUGAGUGCAUCCUAAGAGCUUACAAUUAGCUAACUAGGGCAUGCUCUAUAUUUCAUCUCCUGGCCCUGACCAAAAGCUGACAAGUUUUUCCACAUGAACGCGUAUCAUGGAAGAAGAGCAAUGUUAAUUGGAGAAAGUGGGAGGUUAUUCUGUAAUGGGAAGUGUUGCUGCCACCACCAUUUUUAGAGUUGAGCAUUUCUUUUAAAUAGUCUUUAUUAUCAGUUUGUUCUUUUGGUAAAUGGAAGAAUGCAGUAUGUCAAAUUUCUUAUUACUAAGUAAUUUAUUUUGAAAAUACAUAAGUAUCUUACCCCCUGUUCUAGUGGAAGACCUUGGCAAAAUCAAAUAUUAGUGUGGGUGCAUCUGAAAUACUUUUUACUUACUUUCUUAUUCAGAGCAAGCAGGAAUUUCAAACCUCAGAGCAAGUUUUCAAAAUGUAAACACUUUUUCUGCUCACCAUUCCUUGACCAGCACUGAUCUGGCUCACAGUUAGGUUGGACACCAUAUAAUUUGGGUUUAUCCUUUAUAGAUUAAGAUGUUCUGUAUGUCAUGCCUUUAAGGACUAGACUUUUGGCUGUUUUCUAAGGAAAAAUGUAGAUAAGUGGUUGUUAUUUUAGAGUUUAUAACCCUGUGGUUAGCUUAUUUUAUGAUAUCCUUGAUCUGAAGAUUGCAAGAUUUGGCCUGGAUCCCGAGGGGCCUAGACGGCCUGAGUUUGACUCUGUUUCCCAACUUGCAAAAAGUGACUUAUGUUCAAAACAAAAUGUCAAAAUCUAAACCCUACACUUAAAAAUGAGUUAACUUUAAACACAUUUCAGAAAACAUUUUAAUGAUUAAAUGAUAUCUUAGAUCCAAAUACCCAGGACUACUUCUAUUUUUAGAUAACUGGCAUUGUAGGUCAGCCUGCUUUCCAGUCAUUCUUUUACUCUGAGGUUGCGUAUUGGCAGCUAGAGGCCUGGAAGUGCUAUUAGCUGGGAUUUGUAGGGCUGUGGGUAGAGCAAGUUUAACUGGGGAAGAUGAGUUCAACUUUGGGUGUGUUAAGUUUUAGAUGUCUGCUUGACAUUCAAAAGGAGCUGUUGUCAAGGCAGUUGCAAUGCACAGGUUUGCAGUUCAGGAAGGGAGUCUAGGCUGGAGGUAGAAAUUUGGGAGUCGGUGUUGGGACAAUAUAUCCAGGAACUAUGGGGCUGCAUGAGAUCACCCACAGAAUAAUGUACAUGGG